AUGGCUCCCAUCAAAGUCGGCAUCGUCGGCUACGGCUUCUCCACCAAGUGCUUCCAUCUCCCCUUCAUCCUGCCCAACCCAGAACUCCAGGUGUACGCAUUCUUGCAACGGGCGGCCGCACCUAGCGCAGACGAUCCGUCUAUCCCGACGCCGCGAUGGGGUCACUGCACUAUCGACUUCCCGCAGGCCAAACACUAUCGCACCGCAGACGAGUUCUAUGCGGACAAUGACAUUGAGCUCGUUAUUGUAUGCACCGGCACCCACGAGGAGUUUGUGGAGAAGGCGAUUCUGGCUGGGAAGCAUGUUGUCGUCGAGAAACCCUUCGUCAACACGAGCGUUGAGGCGGACAGGCUCAUCGCCUUGGCCAAGGAGAAGGGUGUGAUUUUGACUGUGUUCCAAAACCGUCGAUUUGACAGCGACUUCCUCACCCUUCGCCAUCUCAACGAUGAGGGCGCUCUUGGCGACAUCUUGGAAGCGGAUAUCCACUUUGACUACCCCGAUCCCGGCUGGAUUUCCGGCUGGACGAAAAAGGAGUACAGCCCUGGUCAGGGCAUGACCUUUGGUCUCGGCACUCACACGCUUGACCAAGCCCUGUUCCUGUUUGGGACGCCUGCGUCGGUCACUGGCUUCCUCCGGUCCAACCGUGGCGUGGACAGCGACGUCGACGAUACCUUCACCAUUAUCUUGCAGUACUCCGGAGCGCAAAAGAACCUGUUGGUGACGGUCAAGACAGCCGUCGUGACCCACAUGCAAGACCAGCUGCGUCUGUUUGUCCGAGGCACCAAGGGGUCUUUCCUCAAGUUCGGCGUGGAUCCGCAGGAAGCCCAGGCGAUUGCCGCGCCAGGACAGCCAGCCACAAGCGCCGAGUAUGGCGUUGAGAGCGAGCGUAUCUGGGGCACGUUGACGACCAAAACGGAGUUCGAUCCCAAGAUCCAAAAGUACGAUGAGGAGAGCCAGAGGUACACCGGCAAGUACCCAAGCAUUCCUGGCCGAUACCGGAGCUACUACGAGAAUGUGUCGGCCGCCAUCUUGGGACGGGAGGAGAUCUUUGUCAAGCCGGAGACAUCGAGAGACGGCCUUCGCAUCAUUGAGCUGGCUAGGGAGUCGCAGGAGAGGGGCGCUACUAUCGCGUGGCACUAG